AUGGAUCGGGAAGCAACCUUGCGGCAUUUUGCUAAGACGGUUGUGAAUCUUAGCAGUGGUUCACUCCUAGCUAGGCUUCCGAUUCCGAGAUAUCGGAAAAUCGGAUGCGCCGAACUCUUCACCUUGGGAGACCCUGCCCUUGGGAAACGAAGCGCUCCACUGUGCAUCGCAUUUCGACGCCCAGAGUCACCUCCACACCACUAUGAAGCGGUAAACCAUUGUGGAGGUUCUGACGAAGAGGACAACGCAGUUGAUGUUAAUGUUCUUGGAAAAAGUUGA